AUGCAUCAUCAAACAAGUAUAAACCCACAAGAAAAACUGUUAAAUCAUAAUGAAUUGAAUCUAAACCUAAAAGAAACCGACGAACCUGAUCCUAAUCCGGAAGGCCUAUAUGACAUUUGCUCAAUUAAUGAAAAUAGAAUUAUGAAAUGGAGAUAUGAGUCUAAUCCAUUAAAUAUUGGAUCUGAAUAUGCCAUUUCAAUGAAUGAGUUAGCUUAUAUUACUUUUGAGACUAUUGGACAAUUCUUGGAUGGUCACCUAAAACAUCGAUUCGAAAAGAUAUGGGAAAAAGAACGCAACAAAUGUGAAAAUGAGAUUCUUCUUCUGAUUACGUCUCGUGGAUUAGAAAGCCCCGAUGAUUGCCUUAAUAAUCUUAGUAAUUUUCGUCCAAGUUUCUCUGUUCUUGAUAAUGCAAUAUUAUCCGUUGAAAAUGGAUGCGCAAAGAUAGAAAAUCCUACUCCUAAACUCCUUAUAGUUGUACCAACAUAUAGGGUUCAAAUGCAAUAUCUAGAGACUGUAAUCAAGCUCAAAAGAUCUGAAACUGCGUCUACAUCAAUAACAUUCAUUGUGGAUAAUCUAAUUUCACUUGCGAGUGAAGCAAGAAAUAGAGAACUAUUCGAAUCAAAUACGGAUUACGUUUUAUUUCUAGACAACGAUUUAACUCCAGAACCUGAUAUUUUAAUAGAAACAAAAAAAGUAGUUCGAAAAUAUCCAAAAGCCUGCGGUUUCGAGCAACUUAUUUUUUUGGAUAUUGCUGAACAAAUUGAGGAAAACGCUCCAUGGGGAGUGACAGAUACUUCCACGUCAAUGCGAAGUACUGAAAAUGGUAUUGUCAACCAAGUGAUGUCGGCAUGGGCAGAAAGCAUUUUUGGAUCUGCUUAUAAGCAAGAAGAUAUGCCAUUUAUUCUGAAGGAUUACGCUA